CUGAUGAUACGAGGAUGGAUCGCGGGAACAAACGGUGGACGAGAUGGCUGGCUGUGUUCGGCUAAAGACUUUCACCAUUCAGGAAGGAAAGAGAAAGCGGGGAAGAGGCGGGAUUGGGGAUGGGGGGGGGCGGCUGGAAAGCGAGGGGGAAAGCGAGCGGAAAGCGGGCUGCUGGGUUGAAAGCGGCUUGUAGAAACAGAAAGGGAGCGCAACGCAAUGUAACACAAAGAUGGAUUGAUUCUUGGAAAAUGACAAGAAGAGAUUAGGGGGGAACUAGUCGUCGGGGGUGGGUGCCAACAUGCGUGGUGAAACAAUCCCAAAAUGCACAAAAGGGCUUUGUUUGGCCAUCCCGCUCACAGUCUCAGAAUCGUCAUUUGCACCCGAGCUUCUGAGCACAAAAACCUCGCUUUUGCUUUGCACAAACAACCAGUUCAGUCUACUGUACGUCCUUCCCUUUCUCCCACUUUCAGAAAAACAAAAAAAAUGGACACUGAGGCAGACGCGGCAGAGACCGCCGCCAAGCGCAUCGCCCAGCUGCUGCAGCGCCCAGAGCAGCUCGACAAGGUAUCCGAGCACCGACGACGGCUUCUGCGCGAGAAGGAGAGCGUCGACGCGCGACUGCGAACGGCGCUCCAAACCCAAGUUGAUGACAUUCGCAGCGGCCUCGAGCUGCUGCACGCGUCCAUCCAGAACAUCCGGCAGGUGCGUGGCAAUCUGGCAUCGGUGGACACGCUGUGCAAGUCGAGCCGCGCGCUGGGCUUGGACGCGUCCGAGUUCAAGCAGGUCAACGACGCCCGCAAGACGCUGAUCAAGACCCGCAAGAACCUGGACCGCAUCUAUGUCGUCCCGCAGACGGUCAAGCAGCUCAAGAUUGCCAUGGAUGCAGAGGACUGCAAUCUACUGUACAUUUACGAGAAUCUGUCCGCGCUCGAGUUCAUCCGCGACGAGCUGCUCUACCACGCCCGCCACUUGUCGGACGAGCACGAAGCGCUGCAGUGGUACUUUGCCGAGGUCGAUACGCUCAGUGAUUUGCUGGCCAAGCGUCUCUGGCAUCUGCUCGACCAGGGCAUGUCGCUCAUCAAGACCAAGCCGCAGCUGCUCGUCACCGUCCUGCGCAUCGUCGAGCGCGAGGAAAAGGCCGACAUCCAAGUGCUCGAUCCCGCAGCACCCGUCAAAAUCGAUCGAUCGCGUCGUCCUCGAGGGUACAGAGAGAAGGCGCUCGAGCGGUUGCUGGCCUCGGCCGUCGUGCGCUUUGAGGCGCAGGUUGUCGACGACAAGGAGCACGUCGAGCCUUUUCUCGAGCGUCUCUCCAAGUUCAUCUUUGAAGAUCUGCUCACCGUCAAGAACGACUUUGUGCCAUGCUUCCCUCCUCACUACAACAUUUUCAAUCUCUACGUGGCCUCGUACAAUUCGCAUGUCAGCGAAGUGUUGCUCGAGCUUGUCGAGCGCGAGCUCGAGCCUUCCGAGAUUCUCGCCAUGCUCAACUGGAUGCAGUCGUACACUGAAAACCUGCAAAAGAAACUGGGAGUCACCGCGCAAGACCCCAUGCCCGCAGAAAAGCAGGACUUGCUCAUGGAGCGAUACACGCGCCUCGUUCGUGAAAAGAUGCAAGAGUGGUGCCGCAAUAUUAUCAAGAACGAGCUGCAAGAGUGGAUUCACAACCCAGAUCGCGAGGGUCCGCCAGACACCGACUCGAAGGGCUUGUACGUGACCGAAGCAACCAUCAUUCUCUUCCAGAUGAUUGAUCAACAGGUCGCGGUCGCCUUCCGCACGCGGCACGGCAAGUUUAUUUUUGAAGUCGUUCAGCUCUGCACGGCCAUGCUGCUCGGAUUCCAGGACGACUUUGAAAAGGAAUUGAACGAGACUACCAAUGGCUACUUUGCCGUGACUCCCGAAGAGCGCCCGUCCUUCAUGCUCGAGUUUUUGCUGGCGGUGGUCAACAAUAGCGUGCAGUGCGGUAUCUACGCCGAGCAGCUGCGAUCCCGUGUCGAGGAGGACGCCCAUCUCGAGGCUCAGUUCCUCUCCGUCUGCCGCAACCAGCUGGCCAAUGUCGUGUCUGGCUUUGAGCAACUUGCCGUUGUGGCGCAGGGCCAUCUCGUUCGUAUCAUUUUGGGCGAUCUCGAUCCCGUGCUUGUCGGGCUGUUUACGCGCAAGUGGUACGAGGCACCUCGCGAGAUUGACACGGUGGUCGCCACGCUUGACGACUACGCCAACGAUCUUGCCCAGCACAUGCACCCAGACUAUGUGCCGAAAACACUCGCACUUACGCUCGACCAAGUCAUCAUUUCGUACGUGCGUGCCAUGUUCAACAAGCGCGCCCUCAUCAAGUCCGACAUUCGUGAUUUGAUGAAGAAGGAUAUUGACAAGCUGCAGCAGUUCUUUGCCUCCAAGGUGGCUAGUGUACCGGAACUCAAGCUGCAGGUGGAUGUGCGAUUGUCGCUGUUGUACGACUUGCGCGAACUGGCGACGGACACCGAGUCCAUCAUUCCUUCGACCUACUAUAAGAUUCACACGCGCCAUCCGGACUUUAGCCCCGAGCAUAUGGAAAUCAUGCUGGCCUGUCGCGAUGAUUUCGGUCGGUUCCGAGGUGGCGCUGGUGUUUCCAAAGCCAUUCGCGAGAUGCUCGAAAAGCACGCCAAUAAGGCGAAAAAGACUGGCGCGGCGGCCUCCCCCGGUCCCAGCAGCAAUCAGCUAGUCGUGUUUAGUCACAUUUCAACCAAGCAAUGAGCGAGGAAGGGGGGGGGGCCCGGUGUUCGAGUGACGUGCAACAAUAAACACAAUCGAGUUGUACAAAUCGGUUUUCAUUCCA